AAGAAUGCAGUUUUAACUCAUUGUCGUUAUUACUAAUAAUUUAUUACAUAUUAUAAUAAAUAUAAUCAUAUAAUCACAUAAUUUCCUAACAUUUAAUUUAAAGUCCAAAUAGUAUUUUGUAGGCGUGUGAUAGGGGUGUAACAAUACUCUCAGCUGGAGAGUUGAUUCUUGAUAUUGCAUUCACAAUUCUGUAUUUCCAUUUUGUUUUGAACAAAAUUUGAAUGAAGAAAAAUACCAACUAUAAUCAUGUUGCGCAUCUGAAGACAAGAGCUGGGCGGCAGGAGUACUGGAGUGAGUUGUUGAUUUGUUUGCCGACAUGAAAUUACAUUCAAUGCCCAUUUUUAAAUGCAAGAAAAUGAUAAAAAUUAUUAUGAAAUUGACGUCACUGUUAACGAAAGUAACACCACUGUUAUAUAAACAUUAGCAUAUUGAAUAUCCCUGAAAAUAAACUUAAGAAGUUAUGUUGUCCAUCAGGGUAAAAAGGUCACUCAGAUAUAAAUUCAGGGAAAGGUCAUUGUUUAGCCUGCUUCCAAUGGUGUCAAUGAAUAUUCCAAAUUUGGUUACAUAAUCAAAUUGUUAAAAGAAACAGACAUUUGAUUGUGAAAAUUAAUAUUCGAUUGUGGAAAAAAAGCAGCACUACUUUGGCUGUCUGCCUCGCAAGUUCUCGUGUGGGCUUGGGCCGCUGCACUGAAUGCGCUAAAAGACAGACAGGAGUCACACAAUGUCACUUUCAUUGAUAAAAAUGAAAUAUUUGUUGAGAUGAAAUGAGUGGAAAAAAAAACAAAACAAAAAAAAAUGAUAGAGAGUUCACAGUCCAACUUCGCAGAGAGAGUGAUUUGGAGCAAUCUAAAAAGCCCUGUACUUCUGAACUUCUGUAUUCUUAAACAGCACUGGUCUGCCUAAGGGUGGCACUGUUGCAGAUUGGUUCAGUUAGUCCUUUAUAGCCUAGCAACUGUAAUUAUAGUGUAUUGGUUUUUUUUUUAUGGCUAAUGCCAUUUUUUUUUUCCAUAUGAUUGGAUGGUACUGUGUGUGUGAUAUUACUAACUAGCAAAAUAGCUUGUGCACUGGUGAGACAGUCUACUGGCACUAAUGAAGUUCAAGUCCUCAUGCAUGCAGAAAAUGUAGAGAAGGCUGCAGGGUGAUGGGUUAAAUGUAUUGAUUCCAAAGAGCACUAAUUAUAUACUGCACAGAUUUGUUUGGCUCACAUAAAUAAAGUUCUUAUAUAGAACUAUUUUCAUUGCCUGCUGUGCCAGACCUGUAGCAAAAAAAGGCCCGCAUAAUUACAACCUCCUGAAUUUAUAAGUAACUAAAGGAAAAAAAGUCAUUUUAGUAUUGGUGUGUUCAUAGUAUAACCCUGACCCCUUUCUCCUUCGACUCGACUCUGAAGAAUGCACCUAGUUGCCUAGAUUAGGUUAACAGUGGUCUCCAAGGAAGACAGCGAAUGAGAAGAGGGCUACUACUACAUAGUCUGGUUGAAGAAUGACCAUGGAUUUCUCUCACCUGCAUGCAUAUACUCCUCCUCAGUGUGCCCCAGAUAAUACAGGCUAUACCUAUUCCCUCAGUUCCAGUUACUCAAUGGCUGCUCUCGAGUUUGAAAAGGAGCAUGAGAUUGGACCAGUAUAUGACUCUCCCAGAAUGUCCAGACGAAGCCUAAAAUUGCACACCAUGAGAGGUCUCUGUGGCAACAAAUGCCUUUCAGUGCACUCCCAAAAUCACAGUAUGAGCCACAGUAGAAGCACAGAUUUUAAGAAGUGGUCUGUAAGAAACAGAAAGGAGCAGAAGUGUCGGAAUCAGAUGCUACAGUCCAGAACUGCCCUUCUGAGCCACAGCUGCAUAGGGCAAAGUAAAAGGUCAGAGCUAAGUUACUCCUCUGUUAAUGGUGCUGUUGGUAUGACACAUACACACAGCACAUUGGAGAAUGACUACAUCUGUAAAGACUGCUCCAUUCAUGCAGAGAGGGAACAGACUCUCACGGCGCAUUCUGUAUUAUCUAUCGCAUCUUCAUCCUCAGCAUCUCAUUCAGAAGAUAUUGUGGCUGUCCUCUCAUCCCGUUCAUCUGUGUACAGCUUAGACAAGAAUCAUUGGCACAAAAGAGGUCUGCUCCUCUCUGCCUCAGACUCAGUGAGAAGCGUGUGCUCUUGGCUUUUGGCCAGAGGGAAUGUGUUAAAGCAGAGCACUCUGUGGAGGAUCUGUUACAUGGUGAACAGCUACCAUACCACAGUCUGCGCGUCAGUCUUCAGUGUUAAAGGGAAGACAGUGUCUGGUGCCUUUUGGUGGCUGGGAACAGGAUGGUACCAGCUAAUGACAAUGAUGUCUCUGAUCAAUAUCUUUAUCCUGACCAGGUGUUUACCAAAACUGCUGAAGCUGUUACUAUGUCUGCUCCCAUUUCUACUGCUUUUUGGUUUAUGGUAUUUGGGUCCAUCCAGUGUUAUCUACUACCUCCCAACCACAAACCUGACCAAGUGGAGAACAAAGAUGCUUUCUUUGCCACCAGUACCCUCUCUUUCCUAUUUUUCCAUGCCAUUUUUCAAUUCUGAACCUGGCUCUCAAAAAGAGCCCAUCACACCUCCUGCCACCUCACAGCCUGUAGCAGUAUUUGUAGAUGCAGAGAGAGUGGGUCGGUUAGAGCAGCAUGUGGCUACACUAUGGGAGUCGGUCCAGCAGAGAGAGCAGCGAACAGACCAGCAACACGAUGAGGCACUUGGGCUUGUCCAUGCCCUGCAAGAGCAGAUAAACACUCAGACAGACAAAGGGAGUCCGGGUCUUUGGAUCUCACAACUGCUGGGGACUAAAUUUAACACACUCAGAGUAGAGGUGGAAAGAGAGGUGUCAAACAGAGUACAGAUGCAGGAUGAAAACAUGAAAGAGCAGAAGGCUCACUCAGAUCAAUUGGCUCAGCUUGAAGUGCUACUGCAGGUUCUGGCUUACAAAACAGAGGAAGUUCAACAGGAGCAAAAAGUCACAGCUCCCCCAGCUCCUGUAAAUGUGACUCAGGUCGACAAUGAUAUGUUGCUUGCAGAGGUGCAGAGAUUGAAAGCAGAACUUAAACGCGUUAAAGAGGACUUGAAAGGGGUGACACAAUGCCGCUGGAAGUGUGGCCAAUUGGACACACUAUAUAACACAGUGUCAGCUAAGGUGAGAGAAGAGCUGUAUGCUCUAUUCUAUGGCAACAAGAUGGUGCAUAACAGAGAUAUGAAACUUCCUGAUUCUCUGAUGCUGUGGCUUUCCUCUCAAUAUACAAACUCCUCUGAUCUCCUUGCUACCCUUGCCGUCCUGGAGCGCACUAUUCUGGGAAAUGUGUCCCUUCAACUUAAACAGAGAAAAAAGCAACUCUGUGAUGAAACAGUCACUCAGACUGUUGUCCAUACCGCUGGGGCUGCUGGAAUGACGGAGGAGCAAGUUCAGUUGAUCGUAUUGAAUGCUCUAAAACUGUACUCCCAGGAUCGCACAGGUCUGGUAGAUUAUGCUUUGGAAUCUGGAGGUGGAAGUAUUUUGAGUACACGUUGUUCAGAGACAUAUGAGACAAAGACAGCACUGAUGAGUCUAUUUGGAGUUCCCUUGUGGUAUUUCUCCCAGUCACCUCGUGUUGUUAUUCAGCCGGACGUGUACCCAGGAAACUGCUGGGCGUUUAAGGGUUCUCAAGGUUACCUGGUUAUCAGACUAUCUCUGAGUGUGAUGCCCACAGCUUUCUGCCUGGAGCAUAUCCCGAAAGCCCUCUCUCCCACCGGCAAUAUCAGCAGUGCGCCACGCCACUUUAAAGUCUAUGGACUGGUGGAUGAAUAUCAAGAGGAGGGAAAGCUGCUAGGGGAUUACAUGUACCGGGAGGAUGGAGAAUCACUGCAAACCUUCCCUGUUGUGGAGAACAAUGACAGGACCUUCCAGAUCAUUGAGAUGCGAGUGCUCUCCAACUGGGGCCAUCCUGAGUACACCUGCCUCUAUCGCUUCAGAGUCCAUGGACACCUUGACACUAAAUAAAAAGGCACCCACUGUAUAGCAACAUCUAAUAACAUACUCAGUGUUUACCAAUACUGGAAACUGGACCUUUUUUGGAACAGGAAACUGAUCUUUUUUUUAAUUAUUUAUUUAUUUUUUUCAACAUGGAUGGACUUAGUAUUAAAACACAUUUUUGUAACCCAUGUUGUUCAAGUUGAUUGUAGAAUUUUAAUCAAAGUUGCAGAAGGCAAAUGCAUGAAUGAAACAUUAAAAAAAUAGAGUAACAGUGGAAAUGGAAAGAAGGAAGACCUGGAUAAUAACAGAUCUGGACUCCAUCUCAUUAACUCACUUUUGCACUGCAAAUGCCUACAUAUUCCUAAAUAGCACUUAACCUAGUCAGGUAUCUGUCCCCUUUGAUGGAUAGUGCUUUUUUGUCUUUGGUCUCUGUAUGGCAUUUUUUUUUAUUAAAAUUGAAUUGAAAAUUUAAUUAAAAUUGUUAGGAAAAAAUGAUAUCUCUUUUUGACAGAAAAAGCAAAGUCUUUAUUGCAGUAAAACCAGUAACAAAGCAUGCCAGUUGUUCACAGUGCUCUUGUUUGGACUGAUCUAAUCGUAGGAGCAAUGCAAUAGGUUGGAACCUUUCUAUGAUAAUUAAACCACUACGAAUGCAGAGCAGUUAAACUAACUGGAUCUGGUUUGAUCAGAGCUCACAUUUUGUGGUAUAUUAUUACUAUAAUUUCUUACAUAAAGGCAGUUUUAUUGUCCAGGUUGUUUAGUCUGAGUGCAACUGGAAUGGGGAUAAGGAUUUUAGUAGUAACUCUGUAGGACAAAUGAAAUCAGAAAUUAAAUCUGAGUUUUCCCUCUGUGUUUUUUGUCAAAUAUUUAAAAGAUGUUUGUGAAAAGAAGGUACAUAGGCCUAUUCUGAUGUAUCUUUAGCACCCAGGUUUGGGGUGGUGGCUUGUCAGAAAAAGAACAUACAAUUCUGUGCAAAAAUCAUGUUUAAACAAUUUUGUCUAGGCAGCAAGUGUGUUCUUGUCAGUUACAACACUAUAUAAUAUUACAACAAAUACAAAGAAAUGUAAAUAUGGUAAUAGUAACACCAGUUUCUUGUUAUCAGUAGUUAUUGAUAUGUUGUUCCAAACAAUACAGUUAGAAAAACACUGCUUUGGUUCUUGACUUCUCUGUGCCCUCCAGCCAUUACAUAGUUUUGUUAAAUUCCUCCACCAGCACACCUGAUAUAACUGAAUUAAAGAUUGACUGCCUGAAGCAAGAAUUGGAAGGCGAUUGUAAAUACUAGGCAUCCUUGAGGAGAGGUUUUAGAAAUGGCUAAAACACUGAAAGGCAUGAAAUCAUAAUGUAUGGUUCAUUUAUUUAUUUGUAUUUAUUCUAGCGGUAGUGAUGUUUUUGUUGUUUUUCUUUUUUUUUCUUUUCUUCUUACAUAAAUAGCUUUACAUACAAUUUUCUCUGCCAGCCUAAGCCUAACUUUUGCACUGUAUUUCUGCCUGUUUUUGUUAUUCAGCUUGUAAAGCAGACAAAUCUCAAUAAUAAAAAUUGAGUUGCUAAAGAGCUACCAGAUGCCAGUAUUCCAGUUCAUUUUAAAGCCAAAUGGAUGGUUGUUGUUUUGUUUGUUUAUAGUAAUUAAUGCCAUGUUUAUAAGCCACAGGAGUGAUAAGAAUGACACACAACACCUGGCCAGGAACAUACUGGGUGCGGCUGCUGAUAGCUUUUGACGUUCAAAUAGACAUUUUCUACAUUUAAAUUAGAUUUUUUUUUAAUUGAACUUUUUUCAAAUAUUCCAAUUUCACUCUUGAUUGUGACAGCCCUAUAGCUCUGCACUGCUCUUUGGCUACAGCUAGACCUACAGCUAGAGUCUGCUUCUGCUGUUACUGCUGCUGCUCUAACUUAUCUGCCAAGUCAUCAACUGGACUAAACAGAUUCUAUGGAUUUCUUUCAUUUUGCAUCAAAAUCUUAUGUUUUCUUGCUUGUUUUUGUUUCUGUUUAUUUAUUUAUUUUAUGAGCUUCCACCCACCCGAGGGUAGAGGUUAUUUUUUAGCCAUAAACUUGGAAUAAACUUGUCAUACCUAUAA